UUGUCCACGAUGUCCGGUUUCCAAAAAGAAAUAACCGCCAGUACGUUCGGACCGGAAUUGACACGAAAGGUUGUAACACAUCCUUCGUUCAAAACACUGAUACAUUCGAACGAAACGUUUGAUUUGAUUAUAUUUGAGAGAUUUAUGAAUGAAGCCUUAUUUGGACUAUCACAUCGAUUCAAUGCUCCUUACAUAGUACUUAGUACGAUUGGAUAUUCGAGAUGGACCAUUGAAAUGGCCGGUAACCCUGGAUAUACCGCUUACAUUCCUGAUUUAUAUUUACAUUACGCCAGUAGCAUGACAUUAUGGCAAAGAUUCCACAACACAUUCUUUGAUUGUUUUGUCAAGCUAUACAGACAUUUCGUCGUACUUCCGAAGCACAGAAGCAUCUUGAGGGAGACAUUUCCAAAUGCCCCUUCAUUGGAGGAUUUAUAUUAUAAUGCGUCUUUAAUCUUUAUGAACACCCAUGUCAGUAUCAAAUAUGCGGUACCAUCUGUUCCAAACAUGAUUGAAAUAGGUGGAUUUCAUGUUAGUCCUCCCAAACCAUUAUCCAAAGGCCUGAAGGAGUAUAUGGAUGAUGCCUCCGAUGGUGUUAUUUAUUUUAGCCUAGGAUCAAUAUGUCAAUCAAAAGAUAUGGCUCCCGAAACAAGAGAUAUUAUUUUACGGGUAUUUUCGAAACUUAAACAGAAAGUUGUUUGGAAAUGGGAAGACCAAAAUAGUACAUUUACCUUGCCACCUAAUGUGAGAUUUGAAAAAUGGGUUCCACAGCAAGAUAUAUUAGCACAUCCAAAUUUAAAAUUAUUUAUCACUCAUGGAGGUUUGCUAAGCAUUAUAGAGGCAAUUUACCAUGGUGUACCUCUCCUAGUCAUACCAAUUUUUGCGGAGCAAUUUAUGAACGCUGCAGAUGUUGAAUCGCUGGGCUAUGGUUUAAAACUUUACUAUACGCAUAUAACUGAGGAGAAUUUCAGUUAUCUUAUAAAUGAAUUAUUAAUUAAUACUAGAUACAAGGAAAACGUAAAACUUCGAUCUAAGCUUUUCCAUGAUCAAGAGACAAAACCUAUCGACAGAGCCUUAUGGUGGAUUGAGUAUGUUAUUAGAUAUAAGGGGGCGCCACAUUUGAAAUCUGUUACCUUAAAUUUAAAAUGGUAUCAGUAUUUUCUAUUAGACGUUUUAGCGCUGGCUAUUAUUUUAAUUUUAUUUAUAGUUGUACUUAUAGUAGUAUGUCUGAAACAAUUUUGUAAAAACAGAGGAAAAUCAAAAAUUGAUUAAAAAGCGCUGCAAUUUGCUUUUCUGUAUCAGACGGUAACGAUUUAUUUGGUAACC